GGCGGAUUCCUUCAUGUCUUGGUCUUCAAGGCUGUGGAGAGCGAAUGUCGUCAUGAGCGAACAACAGGACAGUAUGGCCACUGUUGCUGUUAGUCCAAGUGAAUACCUUCAGCCCUCCACUGCUUCUACACAACAGGACACACAACCGUCUCCUCUGGCCCUUCUGGCUGCUACUUGCAGUAAAAUCGGACCUCCCGCCGCUCAGGCGCCCGUCACCUCUCCUCCAGCUCAGCCGCAGCCUCGCAGGCUUCAGCCCAUAAAGCCCGCCCCCAUCGCACCAGCUCCGCCCAAAAACCUGGGUUUCCUCUCAGCGAAGGGCAAUGUGAUCCAGCUGCCGCCCGGUUUGAGCCCAUCCGCUCCCGGCAGUCCCAUCGUGCUUACGAUCCAGCAGAGUCCCGCUCGCACCAACGCCGCCGGGCCCGCCAACAUCCAGUACCAGAUGAUGCCGCAGAUCCAGGUGAUGCCGCAGGGCGGUCAGAUCCAGCUCAUCCCAGGCACCAACCAGGCCAUCAUCACCACUCCCAUGACCAUGCCGGCGGCCGCUGCGGCGACUCCGGUCACGCCUCAGAAGACCGUAGCCAUCAAACCGUCGCUGAAGGUACGGAAGCCAAACAGCGCCGCUGCGAACUUGAUGCAGCUGCCCGCCGGACUCACUCUACCCCUCAACGUUGCAACCGGAGAAGUGGGCGGGUCUCCGGUUGUCACGGAGACGGCCUCCUCGCCUCCCAUGCCUGGAAAGGGGCGAAGAGGGAGGAAGAAGAAAGUGGUUCUGCCAGCCGAACCGCCGCCGACUCAGGCCGCCUCGCCGCCACCGGAGCAGAUGGAGACCAUUUUGAUUGAAGCCGGAGAUAACAUAAUACAGGCGGGAAACAAUUUGCUGAUCGUCCAGAGUCCUGGGCAGCCACCUAUGGUGCAGCAGGUCCAGGUGGUUCAGCCCAAGGCAGAGUCUCAGUUGAUCCAGAUUCCCCAGCAGGCUUUGAAAGUGGUGAAAGCUGCGUCUGCCACGCUGCCCCCGGUCCCACAGAAACAGCCUGUCACUCCGAGUCUGCAGGUGACUCCACCGGAACCAACAUCAACCCAGAUCCUCUUCAAAACAGCUUCAGGCGAGUGGCAGUCAGUUCAACUACAAGACCCAGGCUCAAAGACCACGAGCCCUACCACCUCUGUUGCGCCCACGCCCCCCACAUCGCCCCCUGCUGGCAGCAAGAGGACGCAGGCCGGGGCGCGAAAGGAGCGCACUCUGGCAAAGAUCGCCCCAGCAGGAGGGAUGAUCGCAUUCAGUCCGUCGCAACUGUCCUCUGCAGCGCAAGCAGUGCAGACGAUCAGCAUCAACGGGGUUCAGGUCCAGGGGGUUCCAGUCACCAUCACCAACGCAGGAGGCCAACAGCACCUGACGGUGCAGACGGUGCAUGGCGGAGGCCUGCAGCUGGCAGCAGCGCAGGGCCAGCCGACCAUCCAGGUAGACCAGACGCUGACGCUGGAGCUGCCGGGUCAGCCAGGGGAGAAGAAACGUCGCAUGGCCUGCACAUGCCCCAACUGCAAAGAUGCAGACAAGAGGCCCGGGGAAGUGGGGAAGAGGAAACACAUCUGCCACGUCGCUGGCUGCGAGAAGACGUUCAGGAAAACGUCGCUCCUCAGAGCCCACGUCCGGCUGCACACGGGGGAGAGGCCUUUCGUCUGCAACUGGGUUUUCUGCGGGAAACGUUUCACACGCAGCGACGAGCUGCAGAGGCACGCGAGGACGCACACAGGAGACAAACGCUUCGAGUGCAGUCAGUGUAAGAAACGCUUCAUGAGGAGCGACCACCUGACAAAGCAUUACAAAACUCACAUAAACACCAAGAACUUAUGAGGUUUUUUUUUUACCAAAACACUCAGAACUUUACCACAGGAAGGAGUCAGGAAGUCUGUGCAACUCACACAAGGGAAAUAACCCAGAUGAAGCCCCCCAAAAAAUCUCCUUUCACUGACUUGAUGUACAAAGAAAUUCUCCCCUGAGGCUGAUCCAACAAAGCUAUUAAUUACAGUUUAAAUCCAUUUUAAAAAUAUUUUUCUGCUGGUGCGAAAAGCGUCUGAAUGAAACUCGGCUUUAAUUCUGCGGCUUGCAGGUGUUUAAUUCCGUGUCGUCAACCCACAGAGUGAUUCAGAGAUCAACAUGCUAACGGGGAAUCUGCGAUGGUUUCUGUCUCUGUUGUCUCUCAAAAAUCAAGAAAUGUUUUUUAAAUUGCCCAAAAUAAAUGUUGCCUCAGUGGAAUAUUAUUUAAGUUUUGGUCACUUUUCAACAUAUCAUUUUUGUCGUUUUAGGAAAAUCAAUACGUUUAGUUGACAUUCACUAUUUUAUGAGGGUAGCCAACAGCCUCCUGUUACUAUAAUUACUACUACUACUACUAAUAAUAAUAAUAAACAUUUUAAUGAAAUCUUACACACUGAUUAACUUGACUAGACCUUGGCUGAAUCAUUGGUGUCCAAACAUUUUGUCCCUGUGUAAAAACUGGCAAAUUUAAUUGACUCACAGGCAUCAAAAUUAAAAUGUGUUUAUUUUGAUUUUUUUUUUUUACCGGCUCGAUAAUGAACACAAUUUUUAUGAGAUCUAUCAAUAUUUAGACAUCCAAAACAUAAAAAGGCCUCAGAUUGUUUCCUUAUUAAAAGAAAAACAAACAAUUUAGUUGUUUUCUGUUUUGUUGGCCAAAUUUUUACCAUUCUUGAUCAAUCAAAAUCAUUUCAACGCCCACAAAUGGCCUGCGGACCACAUUUUGGACACCCCUGGGCUUACUAGAGAUUUUUUUAAUUUACAGGAUUAAUAUAACUUGCAAUCAGAAUGG